AUGAAUCAUAGCCAUACCGACACGGUCGGCCAGACUUCGGGACAUUCUUUCAAAAAGAAGCACCGUUCCGCACGGGCAUGUUUGGUAUGUCGAGAAAGAAAAGUCAAGUGCGACGUCACUGUGACUUAUCCCGAUAAAUGCUCCAAUUGUGUACAUUUUGACAUUGAUUGUGUUCUACCAGAGCCCAAGAAACGGGUGGUUCCCAAAGUCAACAAGAUCAAGGCAGAGACUCACAAGAGAAGUACAGACGGCAAGCAUGAAACUCCGGACUUUGUUUCUCGCGAUCCGCACGAGGAGUUCCCUGAACUGUACACACGGAGUCUUGAUCCAGGAAAAAUGCUGCGGCGGGAGGUUUCCGUUUCAUCGACGGUUGAGUACUUUGGGCCUCCCAGUUUCCUGCAAAACGCAGUCAAGGAGUAUAUUGAUACCAAAAGGAAAGCCAACCAAGUUAAGUUGUUCCAUCUGAAUGAAGUGGACUUCAAAUAUUUGGACAAUCUCGGAUGCUUUUGUCUUCCGGACCAAGACCUAUUUGAAUUGUACAUUAAUACCUAUUUCGAGACAUUACACGUCCAGUUCCCCAUUUUGAACAAAUACGAGUUUCUAAGAGACUAUCUCACGUUGGAAAACCCGAAAAGUUUACUGUUGCUACAGUCUGUGCUCUUCGCUGGGGCCAAAAUGUACCGCAAAUUGGACUGGUCUUCGGAAGAUUACGACCGCCAACAACGAAUCACCAACCUGCUCAACCGGCGUGCCACCGCGUUGUUUGAGCUCCAUGUCGAACAGGAACCUAUUCUACUGCUUCAGUCAAUGUUCAUCUUUGGUAACUAUUGGGACUGGGACACCCAACUAAUGAACACUAAAAACGUAAUUUUCCUCACAAACACAAAAAUGGCCAUCUCAAUGGCCUACUCCAUCGGGCUGCACAGGAACUUUGCGAGCAACAAGGAUCUCUCGUCUGUGGAGAAAAACAUUUACAAAAGAAUUUGGUGGUGUCUGUUUUUAAAAGAUACGUUUUCGUCGUUUGCACUUUCGCGGCCGUUUUCAAUUGAUCUUCAAUCGUGUGAGGUACCAUGGCCUGAUAGGGACACGUUAGACGACACGGCCCAUCCUAACGAUGACGAAUUUGGUCUCACAGACUUGGAAAAAGACUAUUUCUUGCAAAGACUAUCGCUCGCAAGAGUGCUACGGAAAAUAGUGGACAACCAAAACGUUAUUUCGCGGAUCUCCCACUCGGGGGAGUCUACAUAUUCCCUGCUCAAGGAGUCUGACCAGCUGCUUGCCGAUUGGAUGUCUCAGUUGCCUACGUGUUUCCAUCUGAACCUGGAGGAUUUGAACAGUAUUUUGAACUCGUACGGAGCAUGGCUGAACCUGGAAUAUCACACCAUUCUUCUUUUUGUCCAUCGGUGCAACAUCAUUGGAAGCACUAAGAUAGCUACCGAACGCAAUGGCCGGAUUCCAGACGUUCUACCCUCGUGGAGUGCAUCUUUCAAAGUUGCGUACGUGGUGACGCAAUUUGGUGAUUACCUGAAAAGAGAGAAACUGUUGAGAAACACAACAUCGCUCAUUCUCUACAGCAUGUGGACUGCUGGUAUCACAAUGGUGUAUCAUCUACACAACAAGGACCCCCAAAUCGUGGAGAUUGCACGGCGGUCGAUCGUCACAUGCAUUGAUCUGCUCUCCGACUGGCCAAUGGCCGAUUUUAUGUCGUACACAAUGAAGACAUUUUUGGAAGAUCGGUCCAAACAGCUGAUGGUUGUUCGUGGAACGUUGAAGAUGGUCAACAGUGCAGUGGCCUCGGACCGUCAAAGUUUAAGGACCAGCGAAAUUUUGGACGAACUGCUUAAAAAUUACACCAAUAGACUGAAAAACACAUCCAUUUGCAAACACUUGAUGGAAGCAGAUCAAAUCGCCACAAAGGAGGAGAAGAAAACUCCCGCCAUGGAGGAGCUCAACGGACCGCUUCUUCCUGAAUACUCCACGCACACGCCACCAAUGAUGUUCAACCCUGCUUUUUCCGACCUGGUAGGCGAGAACUGGAUGCCCACUUUCGACAUUUCUCCACAAACAGAAUCUUCGGAUUCUGCGAUUCCAUUCGACUACGCCAUGACCAACGUCGUGGACGAUCUCUUUGGAGUUUUGAGACCAGCACUCAGGUUCAACUCUACAGCACAAAAACCAAACGAUCAAAAGUCGAAGACCGACGGAGAAUCCAAAGACGAAUCAAAGAAAAAGUCCUCGUUCAACGAGAUUUGGGAGCUUCUCAAACUCACAAGAACAGAAUUAUCAAACAUGUCCAUAGCUAUCUUAUUCCUUGGUAUUUCGUCGUCGGUUUCGAUGCUUUUCCCUAUGAUCAUGGGUAAAGUGAUCGAUAUGGCCAAAGAGGAAGGUGAGAAGUCGACAAUUAAUAUCUUUUCGCGAGAGAUUCCUGCCAGACAGUUCUUCAUUGGCGUUGGUGGACUGUUCCUGGUAGGAUCCCUGGCUAAUUUUGGAAGAAUCAUCCUGUUGAGAAAAGUCGGAGAACGAAUCAUGGCCCAACUCAGAGUGGACAUUCUCCGCAAGAUCUUUUACCAAGACGCAAAAUUCUGGGAUAUCCACAAGAGCGGAGACCUGAUCUCGCGACUGGUGAACGAUUCCACCGUGGUUGCUAGAUCUGUCACUCAAAACGUCAGCGAUGGACUUCGGUCUUCGAUCAGCUGUUUUGUUGGAAUCGGUAUGAUGGUGACCAUCUCUGUGAAAUUGACCGGGUACAUGGCCCUCAUCUUCCCUGUGCUGAUGUUUUUUGCACUGGUGUUUGGAAGACGGAUCAAGUCUUUAUCUAAAGAGAUCCAGAAACAGCUAGGAAACCUGACCAAAGUCUCUGAAGAACAGUUCAAUUUUACCAAAACCAUCCAGAGUUUCAACAACGAGGAGUACGAGGUUGGAAAGUUCAAAAAGGAAGUCACCAAAUUGUACGACUUGUCCGUUCACGAAGGAAGACUGAGUGGAUACUUCUUUGCCGGUAACGGGUUUGUUGGCAACGUGUUUUUGAUUGGUUUGCUAUCUGUCGGAGUCCAGAUGGUUCGUCAAGGAGAACUUACUCUUGGAGAACUGUCCUCUUAUAUGCUGUACACGACGUUCAGUGCGUCCAGCGUGUAUUCUCUGUCCAACUUCUACACCGAGUUGAUGAAAGGUGUUGGUGCUUCUGAGCGGAUCUUUGAUCUGAUCAAGCUUGAACCUGCUAUUGUUCCCACCAAGGGUAAGAAGAUCGAUGUUUUGGGAAACGUCGAGUUCAAAAACGUCUCAUUCAAGUAUCCUACUCGUCCAACGCACCAGGUGUUCAACAACUUGGAGCUGAAAAUCAACAAGGGCGACCAUGUGUGUCUUGUUGGUCCUAGUGGAUGCGGAAAGAGCACAGUUGCACAGCUGCUGCUGCGGUACUACGAGCCAGAGUCCGGCCAGAUAAUCGUUGAUGGGGAGCCAUUGACAGAAGUGAGUCUGGCCAAUUUCAGAGAACAGACGGGAAUUGUUCAGCAGGAGCCGAUGCUGUUUUCUGGAACACUCAGAGAAAACAUCACGUACGGCAAGAUGGAUGCCACGGACGAAGAGAUCCAAAAAGUGUGCGAUCUGGCCAACUGUUCCAAGUUUAUCAAUAAUUUCCCGGACAAGCUGGACACGGUGAUUGGGUCGAAAGGAGCGCAAUUGAGCGGGGGUCAGAAACAACGGAUAGCGCUGGCCAGAACGCUCUUGCUGGGCCACAAGACCAAGGACACUGUGAACGUCCCGCACGCCUACAGCGAGCGGGGCGAGCUGCUUCUGGGCCCAAGCAUUCUGAUUCUGGACGAGGCCACGUCUGCCCUGGACGCCAAGUCGGAGGAGGCCAUCAAGCGCACGCUGCGGCUGAGACAGAAAGCCGGACUGACCACGAUCAGCAUUGCGCACCGGCUGAGUACGAUCAAGACGAGCGACAGAAUAGUGGUGUUCAACAACAGGGGCCAGGUCGUGGAGUACGACAACUUCGACAAGCUGUAUGCGGACCCGGAAAGCCAGCUGAACAAGCUGCUUAGCAAGAGCGAGACGGGACAGGAGACUGAACAUAAAGAGAAAGUAGAGGAGUAA